AUUGACUGUGCCCACUUGCACUCUUUGCCUUUUACUCUCUCUCUUGCGCGUUAGUCAUUAUUAUGAAAAUCUAUUUGUGUUUAAACCAAAUCAUAUACAAAGGACGUUCAAGCGAACUUUCCCCCAAUCCUUUGAAGUAACUCAAAAGAACUUUUGCUUUUAUGACUCUAAUUCACAACUGUUUAAAGUAAUAGUUUCUUUGCUACGUCAUUUGUCUGCAAUCCAGUAACGAAACCACGAUCUCCAAUGAAAGGAACGAUGAUUUAUUAAGUUAAUCCUCGACAUGAAGUCGUCCGUUCCGCAAAUCCAGUGCUCGAUGUCUUCAAACGAAAGAAUGACAGGUAGCAUUGUCAUCGCGAGUGCAUUUGUGAUUUGUUUUACGUUGUUCGGUGUAUUUAACCUUAUCGGUGGAAGCGUGCUUGUUUCGGUAGCUUGUAAGCAACAAGUCGUUCUUGAACGAACCCUGUUUCACGACUUUCCAAGCUUACGUCAGCAGAACCAGAAAUAUGGAAAAUUUUGGAAUCCCCUUAUGGUUGUCGGUCCGACUCUCUUGAUAACGGGAAUGAUGUUGGUGAUCGUCGGUUUUCUUUUAGGGAUUGUUGCCUGUCGUUCUUCAACUCACUUGAAGAAAUCCCUUCCAUACGUUUCAUCCUUAUCAUGUGUCCAAAUGUCCAGUCUUAAUGGCAAAAACCCUGAGCAAGAAACCAGUAAAGAUCGCUCAGCCACUGAAAUUACGAACAUUUUGAUCAACCACUCCGAAAAAAAGGGUAACCGAGAUUCUAACCCCGACGAUCACUGCUCUCAGCAAAAGGUUGUUGUGGACAUUCAUAUUCCAUCAAGCACAAGAGAAAUUCCAAAAUCUAAGGAAGAACCUCGCAAAGCAUCCAUGGACAGCAGAACUACCGAGGAAACGGAAAUUCCGUCACUGAUUAUACAAGACCAUACUGAUGAAGCUGAGUACAGCAACCUUACUGCUUAGUAUUUAAUGUUCUUACCGUGUGAAUAUUGUCAGUUUCUAUUUUUAAAAAAUGUGCUAAUUAAAACGUUGUAAAACAUCUAUGUUUAAGCACUUUGUCACUGUUAGUAUGUAGAAAUCAAACAAUAAUACAAGCUUGGUAUACAUAUUUUCAGAAAGUAUGUUCAGUGGCUAGUAUGUCUAAUGUCAUGUUUUCCCUUUGCUAUUUAUAUUGUAAAAAAUAUUCUUAUGAUUGUUUUUACUUUUAACUUGUUAACUCGUUAUUAAAGAUAAAAUAUCACGUGAUUUGAGCUUGACGUUUAAUUCAA